CACACUCACUCCCUCACACCAGCACCCACAGACGUCAGGGCCAGGCGCUCACAUAGCAGCGAUAUCUGGGGCUUGCCAUCAGGAUGGGUGACCAGAGUCCCCAGAGACUGAGCAGGUCCAGCUAUGGUUCAAUCUCCAGCCCAUCUGGCCCAGCGCCCCAGCACUUGCCAGCCCAGGAAACCUACCUGAGUGAGAAGAUCCCCAUCCCAGAGGCCAAACAGGGCACAUUUAGCCUACGGAAGCUGUGGGCCUUCACAGGACCUGGCUUCCUCAUGAGCAUCGCUUUUCUGGACCCGGGGAACAUUGAGUCGGACCUUCAGGCUGGUGCUGUGGCUGGAUUCAAACUGCUCUGGGUGCUGUUCUGGGCCACUGUGCUGGGCUUGCUCUGCCAGCGACUGGCUGCCCGGCUAGGCGUGGUGACAGGCAAGGACUUGGGUGAGGUCUGCCAUCUCUACUAUCCUAAGGUGCCCCGCACUCUGGUCUGGCUGACCAUCGAGCUGGCCAUUGUGGGCUCAGACAUGCAGGAGGUCAUUGGUACAGCGAUUGCAUUCAAUCUGCUCUCGGAUGGACGAAUCCCGCUCUGGGGUGGCGUCCUGUUCACAAUCGGGGACACGUUCUUCUUCCUGUUUCUGGAUAGCUACGGGUUGCGGAAGCUGGAAGCUUUCUUUGGAUUUCUCAUUACCAUUAUGGCCGUGACCUUCGGCUAUGAGUACGUGGUGGCCCGCCCUGCUCAGGGAGCACUCCUCCGGGGUCUGUUCCUGCCCUCCUGCCGGGGCUGCGGUCAGCCUGAGCUUCUGCAAGCCGUAGGCAUCGUUGGGGCCAUCAUUAUGCCCCACAACAUCUACCUGCACUCAGCCUUGGUGAAGACUCGGCAAAUAGACCGAGCCCGUCGGGGGGACAUCCGGGAAGCCAACAUGUACUUCCUGAUUGAAGCCACCAUCGCCCUGUCUGUGUCCUUCAUCAUCAACCUCUUCGUCAUGGCUGUCUUUGGGCAGGCCUUCUACCAGCAAACCAACCAGGAUGUGUCCAACGUCUGUGCCAACAGCAGCCUCCACGACUAUGCCAAGAUCUUCCCCAGGGACAACAACACAGUGUCGGUGGACAUUUACCGUGGAGGUGUGAUCCUGGGCUGCCUCUUUGGCCCCGCAGCGCUCUACAUCUGGGCUGUGGGUCUCCUGGCCGCAGGGCACAGCUCCACCAUGACGGGCACAUACGCGGGACAGUUCGUGAUGGAGGGCUUCCUGAGGCUGCGCUGGUCCCGCUUUGCCCGGGUCCUCCUAACCCGCUCCUGUGCCAUCCUGCCCACCGUGCUUGUGGCUGUCUUCCGAGACCUGAGUGACCUGUCAGGCCUAAACGACCUGCUCAACGUGCUUCAGAGCCUGCUGCUUCCCUUUGCUGUGCUGCCCAUCCUGACCUUCACCAGCAUGCCUGCCAUCAUGCAGGAGUUUGCCAACGGCCGGCUGAGCAAGGCUGUCACUUCCGGUAUCAUGGCCCUAAUCUGUGCCGUCAACCUCUACUUUGUGGUCAACUACGUGUCCAACCUCCCGCACCCUGCCUACUUCGGCCUUGUAGCUGUGCUGGCUGUAGCCUACCUGAGCCUUAUUACCUACCUGGCCUGGACCUGUUGCAUCGCCCAUGGAGUUGCCUUUCUGAGCCACAGCUCACACCAGCACUUCCUAUAUGGGCUCCCUGAAGGGGAGUAAAAGGAUGGGAAGAGCUCUGAGUGAGCCCCUCGGCAGGGAAGUAGAAUGAGGGGCACUGGCCUGCUAGACAUGGAGGCAGCAAGAUGGAGCAAGACACUUGGAGGCUCACCAACCUCGCCUUACCUUUUCUACUUCAAACAAGUGCUUACCCUCUAGGUCUCAUUGGGAACUACACGGACUUGCCAUGGACGUAAAAUGUUUUAAUAUAAUACUCCACACUCGGCACUUAAA